CCUCACGCAUUCACCCCCUCUCUCUCUCCGCCACUUCUAUUUCCCUCCGCCUAUACCUCUUCUCUUCUAAUAAAGAUUGUUCAAAAUGGCAGGGGGCGCCACAAAGUACCGCCAUCUCAGCCGUAAGUCCUCGCACAGGCAGGCCCUGCUCCGCAACCUCGUCACCUCGCUCUUCACCCACGAAUCCAUCACCACCACAUGGCCCAAGGCCAAGGAAGCCCAACGACUAGCCGAGAAGCUCAUCACCCUGGGCAAGAAGAACACGGGAGCGAGCCGACAACAAGCGCUGUCUGUCUUCUACACCCCCCACGAACUCCUCCCCAAACUCUUCGGCUCCCUCCGCGAACGCUACGCCACCCGCCCAGGAGGCUACACGCGCGUGCUGCGCGUCGAGCCCAAGAAGGACGAUCAGGCCGCGAGCGCCAUCCUGGAACUCGUCGACGGGCCCAAGGACAUGCGCUUCGCGAUGACUGCUCGGACCGUUGCGCGGAGUCGCUCGCAGGGUUUUGAGGGGCUCAACGAGCUGACGACUCUUAAUGUGCGCAAGGUUACCCGGUACCGUAAGGAGGGCGUUGAUGAUCUUGAGCGGGCGAUUAAGAAGUUGGAGCUUGAGAGUGGGAAGGCGGCUGCGUUUGCGAAGAGGAAUGGGGCCGGUGCGGGUCAAUAGAUGUACUUCUUUUGUUUUAUUUAUACCGUUUGGUUUGAUUUCUCCUUCCCCCCCCCCCAUUUUCUUGUUUCUUUGCCCCCGUCUGAUGAGAGGUCUCUUUGUACGACACUACACGUGCUUCGAAUGAGGUCUCGAUGGGAGGGAAAGAAAGCCCUACACCAGGCUUGACCUUGUCGUCUACUUGAGACUUGAGACUGUCUGUUGGGUGUAUUGUAUCGCAUGUCAACAUGCUCGCUGUACUUUUAUCUAGUGUUGGUCGGAUCAUAUGUUAUCAAUUCUCAUCGGAGAUGAUUGAGAUGGAUAUGGAUGUGAUGGCCUGGAGUUCUGCUAUAGCCUUUUUUGACUGUAACUAUUUGUCUAUCUAUCUACAUGG